AUGUUUCCAUCCUGUAAUCUAAAAGUUCCCAUUAGUUGGCAAAAAUAUGAACUUAAUAACACCUCUCUGGAGUUAACUACUGGUAGGUAUAAAAGAGAUUGGAAAAAAAUUAUUAAUAAAGCUAUUUCCUCAAUAAACAGAGAAGUAUCACCAUCAGAAAAGCCUAACAAUGAUCAACUUUUAAAAACCCAAAAAACAGGUUCUGUCUCCAGCGAUAUCAAAAAAAAAACAGAUGGGUGCAACAAGAAAAUUUCUGAUAACUUAAAGAAUCAAGGAGAGCCUAGACCAUCCCCUUGCAACGAUACCAAAAUUAGUAACAAUUUAGGAAAAACGACAACAAGACCAGAAUACUUUUAUGAAGAGCGAGAAGCAGUAGAAUUAGGGGAUGGUUUUGUCGAAAAGAGAGUGAAUGACAUUGAAAAUUUAAGCCUUUGUUUAGAUCAUGUUGGAAUUACGAAUACCCAAUUCAUAAGUGAAAUGACUUUAGACAUGGAACCAAAUUCAAAACAUUUGACUCACCAAUGUGAUAUAUCUAAACAACUGUACGAAGAACAAGUUGCCAAUUUGAGGAAUGAACUGGAUAAUUUGAAUUCCUCACACAAAGCAAAUAUAUCCCUUUUAGAGCAACAACAGCAAAAGCAACUUGCCUCCAUGAGAGAUGACUUGAAGGAACAAUACGAAAAACGAAUAAAACAAUUAUCAUUGGAAAUGAAGACUGAAAAAACAAAACAAUUACAAGAAAAACACCAGGAAAUUGUCAAGAGAAAUCAAAAUUUGGAAACGCAAAUUAGGAGUUUAACAUUAUUCGACAAAAAUAUUGGAGAUAUUGUGCUUCAAGGAAUGAAAACCAAAGUGUUUGAUUUGAGUUCUUCCUUUAAAAAAAUAUAUGAUAUUCCUCAAUUUUACACCGCUGAACUGGAUGAAAUGGCAAAAUCAUUAUCUGCAGAAUCCAACCAACUAAAAACCGAGAAUACAAAUCUAAAGAAACAAAUUGAACAGUUCCAAAAUCAGGAAAAAUUCUUAAAAAAAGAUUUUGUGGACAAUAUUCAAAGCAAAGAUCUCAAAAUACAAGAGCUGGAAUUGGCAAAUAAAAAUUUGGUAGAAGAAAAAAAUCGAUUUAUAGCAGAAAACAAUAAACUUUCAAUUGAAAACAAUGAGUUGAGAGAAAAGCUCGAGGGAUUACGAAGUCAAUCGCAUGAAAUAUGGGAAUCUAAAUUUAUUUCUUUAUCUACAAAGGUAUCGUCAUUAUCCCAACAAAAGACUUAUUUGGAGGAAUCCAAUCUUAAGAAGGUGAGAGAAAUAAGUAGACUCAAUGAAUCUUUGGUAGGCAUGGAGAAGACAAUUAAGGAAUUAAAAGAAAAUACCCAAUUUUUGAACAUUACGAACAAGAACUUAAAAAAGAAAAUGGGCGAUGCUACCGAAAUGAUAACAUUCUCAAACACUUGCAAAGUCCGGUUAGAUAUUACUAAAGAUAUGUAUGAGCGGUUGAUGGUUGAUGAUGUCGAAAAGAUGAAUUUGGUUGAAUUACAAAACAUCAUCAAAAAUUUAAUAUUACUUUUUGAGAUUCCAUUGAACAAAUUGACCAAAAGACUACCUUUAAUGGUAAUAGUUUUCAUGUAUGAAAAACCUCUAUUUUCCUAUUUUGUAAACAGACUAUUUUACCAAAUCAAGAAUGAGCAAUUGGAUUUGAAACAUUUCACAGAUGACACUUACCGGCAAUAUUUAGAGGGAAAUUCAAUCAAGAAUUUGAACCACCCUUUAAAAGAUGUUCUAGAAGAGUUAUUUCAAUAUAUAGUUACCAAAUUAUGA